CAAUGGAACCAGUAUGAUCUCCCUCAUCAUCCCUCCAAAGGACCAAAUCUCACGAGUCUCCAAGAUGUUGGCUGAUGAAUUUGGCACAGCUUCUAACAUUAAGAGUCGAGUCAACAGGUUGUCUGUGCUAGCAGCUAUCACCUCUGUACAGCAAAGGCUCAAGCUGUAUUCAAAAGUGCCCCCAAAUGGCCUGGUGGUGUACUGUGGCACCAUCGUGACAGAUGAAGGCAAAGAGAAGAAAGUCAACAUCGAUUUUGAGCCAUUCAAGCCCAUCAACACCUCUCUGUACCUCUGUGACAACAAAUUCCACACAGAAGCCCUGUCAGCACUGUUGACAGAUGACAACAAGUUUGGUUUCAUUGUGAUGGACGGUAAUGGAGCACUGUUUGGUACUCUAUGUGGCAACACCAGGGAGGUCUUGCACAAGUUCACAGUCGACUUACCAAAGAAACACGGCAGAGGAGGCCAGUCUGCGCUGCGUUUUGCUCGUCUGCGCAUGGAGAAGCGGCACAACUACGUGCGGAAGGUAGCCGAGGUAGCGACCCAGCUCUUCAUCUCAAACGACAAACCAAACAUCACAGGACUGAUCCUAGCUGGGUCAGCAGACUUCAAAACAGAGCUCAGCCAAUCAGACAUGUUUGAUCAGCGACUUCAAGUCAAGGUGCUGAAGCUGGUGGAUGUGUCGUACGGAGGGGAGAACGGCUUCAACCAGGCCAUCGAGCUGUCCGCUGAGGUUCUGUCCAACGUCAAGUUUAUUCAGGAGAAAAAACUCAUAGGCAAAUAUUUUGACGAGAUCUCACAGGACACAGGGAAGUACUGUUUUGGAGUAGAUGACACACUGAAGGCUCUAGAAAUGGGAGCUGUGGAGACUCUUAUUGUCUGGGAAAACUUGGACUAUACAAGAUACGUACUCAAGGACCAUCAAAAAGAUGAGGAGAAGCUCCUAUACUUGAGGCCAGAGCAGGAGAAAGACAAGACAUACUUUACAGACAAAGAUACGGGAGUUGAGUUAGAAUUGAUGGAGUCUAUGCCUCUGCUAGAGUGGUUCGCCAACAACUACAAGAAGUUUGGUGCCACGCUGGAAAUCAUUACGGACCGAUCACAAGAGGGCUCACAGUUCUGCAAGGGGUUCGGUGGAAUAGGGGGUAUCCUGCGCUACCGUGUUGACUUCCAGGGGAUGGAAUACCAGGGCGAUGACUUUGACUUUGAUGACCUUGAUGACUAUUAGAUGUCAAAGGUCAAAGUGCAGUCCCACCAUGCAUUGCUGUGCCUGACCUCUGAUCCCAGGAAUAUGAAAUAUGCAUAAUUUGAGAGAUUUAAUUUUGUGCCUACAUGUAUCAAUAUUAACCCAGAGGGGACCUUGUAGGAACAUGUUGGGAUGUGGAAAUGGAGGGAACUGUUGAAUGUCGUUCAAUUUUGUCUUGCAGGAACGCAGGCUGGGACAUUUUUCAAUUUCAUGAAAAAUAUUUUUUGCAACUGUCGACCCUUACAUGUGCCUACCCCCUCCCCUCAGGUUUUAUUAUGAUAGGUACAUCCUACAUUGUUAGUUGUCAGUGGAUCCCUCUCUGUCAGCUUAUAGUGAUGGCUUCUAUGAUUAGUUGCUACCUUGCCAGAUUUUGCUGGCUUUCUGUUAGUAACAGUUACACUACAACCAUAUACAUGUAGCCAUUGCCCACAAUGAUCUCUUGGUAGCUAGAAAAAAACAGAGGCCUUUUUUUUCUCAUGUAGAAUCCCAGUUUACUGUGUUAAAAGGCUCUACAUGGGAUCACUUUUCUGUAUAUACACUGAUGGUCAUUCUUGUACUCUUUGGCCUUAUUAGUAUGCAAUGUUGUCAGCAAUAGGUUUUGUUAUAUAUCACUUACACGAAGAGGGUAUGAGAACUUGAAAGAAGUGUGUUUAAGUUGGUAAACUGUUCACUUAUUCAUGCAUAUCAAAUGUGGACAUAAUUAAUCCAACAGAUAUUCUCAUCCAUGUUUACAGCCAUGGUGCAAGGCAGGUACGGAUGUACAUGUUUCCAACAGGCCAUUGGAUUUCCAAUUUCUCUUUCUUAGUUGGUUGGCCAUAUUCACCAAAUUCCAGAUACAAAAAGAGGCCAAUGUUUCCUGAUGGCGGCCAAUGUCAAUGUCAGAAUCAAAAGUGCGUCAACAGGGUGUUGUGGAAUUUAAGAUUCCUAAUUCCACUUUGCAGCAUACAUGAGUAAGACUCAGUCAAUAUCUGCUUUAUUGUCUGUUGUCAGACAUGCUUGCAUAAACGUCUUUAUCUAGUAACUUAUGUUAAUGUUGUUUAUUGUAAUCUGUAGUAUGUAUAUUGGCAGAACCAAAGGACAUUUGACAUUUUCUGGAGUAUAUCUUGAAAUUACUUAUUUUUUGUCAUUGUUUGUGUAGCAAUGGCACAGCAAGUCAAAAUCAACCACCUUUUUUACUUCUCCAAAGAUAUGAGAAGGGUUACCAAAACCUCUGCUGUAGACUGGAUGUAAGCUGUACAUUGGAACUAUUUCUUGAAUCACGUUCUUCAGAAAAACUUAAAGGAUUCUUCAAAGACUAAUUGAGGUGAGGUACUUGAAGCACAAGCACACCCUCACAGUUUCACCAUUCAAAGCUUUGCUUAGGCAAGUUUCAUGACACCCCUGAACUUCUGCAAAAGAGGAUUCAAGACUAGAACACGGAAGGCAAACUCCGGUUUACAAAAGUUGCUGUAGACAUUCUGAUGUUCACUUUGUUUGAUUAAGAUUGCAAUGGUGAAUAUGAGAAGUGUGCAGUCUAGAGAAUGUUUGAAAGUAGUAAUUUGCCUUAGAAAGAUGUCCCCUGAUUGUAGAUUGCUCUAAAGGUUAUUUUCCAGGCACACUUGUAUCAGGUGUGUUGUUUAUUAUUCAACAUGAUGUUGAGAAAGCUUGUACAGUGUACCAAGAACCAUGCCAAUCCCCUUUUGUUUGAUGGGUCUCUGGAAAAAAUGAUGUAAAUAGAAAACAGGAGCAAACAUUGUGUAAGUCAGAUUUUUUUAAGAGGAUGAUUAGCAGAGCAGUGUGGGAUCAUAGGCAUUCAAAAGUCACUAAAGCAGGCUGUAUAGACCUGCUUCUAAAUACAUAUAUCUGCAUGGUGAAACAUGCAGUGGGCACACUUCAAAAGAAUUUUGAUGUCAUGCCAUUAUUCUAAACUUAACAAAGAUGAUUUUUAAGAACUGAUUAUUAAGAGAAAAACAAGUGAAAAGUAUACAAAAAGUGCAUCCCAUCAAACAAGGGUUAAGGACAUCAGUGCUUCUUGUCAGAUAGUGUUUUAGUUACUUAUGGAAUGUACCAGGAAGGAUAGAGAAGGGAUACCGAUGCCAAUUGUCAGACCAACAACUUUUCCUUAAGUUUGUUGCUUUACAUUUGCCAGGAAAACAAGGUUGUUUAGAGACUGAAACCAUGUUGAGGAAGACUUGUAACUUCUUCACUUCAGUUGCCAAACCUCCCCCUUUCCCACAUCUUGUCAGUUCUAUUGUAAAUUCAUUUCAAGACUACUGUCACUUUGUGGUAGAAUACUAGCUGCUGAGCCUUUUCAAUUGGGCUAACAUUAAUAGGCAUGUACUCAAGUAUUAUUUACGGCUGCAACCAUGUCAGAUGUUCUCAAAUUUUGAUAUGAAACAAUAGGGAACAACUCAUUUUUCUUGUGGUGGGUACUUUAUACAUGUGUGAGUAUCAGCUGAAUCACUUUUUUUUUUUGGAAGUUUUAUUAUUAGAAUUGUCACUGCUUAUGUGUCUCUACUAAAGCAAGUCAUUAAGUUGUUUAAAGUGCAUAUUUUGUGACCUUGACAAUUCCUAUGAAUGUGAAUCACCUAAUUCAACUGUGCAAGUCAAUUUUGUAUGAUGAAAUAAUGUAUCUGCAAUCAUUGGAUAUCAACUUCAGGGAGUAGUUCCCAUCGACAGGUUCUUUCUGCUGGCAUGAUGAUAUCAUUUGUACUUUCUGUUGAGGGAAGGUACUUCAUAUGAUGAGCUGUAAGUUGAUUGGAAAAUGGUGACUGGCACAAUUUGGCAGUGACAUCUUGACAUGGGCAAGAUCUUUCUUAAUUGAAGGGAAAUAAAAGAGUGUACACAAGUA